CUGAUGGACCAACGCGGAGCGGGUUUCUCCACGCCAUUACAAUCAAAAAAUAUUUUGAAAGAGUACCUCGACGCAGACGGAAACUACAGCUACCACGAUACAAGUCAGCAUAAACUUUUCGCUCCAGGGGCAGGAGUUGAUGAUCAGCAGGUUCUUACCGGUGGCGGUGCUGCACCCGCACCAAAUGGCACGUCUAAUGGUCUAGUCGGGUCCUGCGGUGACGACGACCACGACCAGUCCCCAGCGCCGCAGAAAAUGAAUCCUAUUGCAGGUGGAGCACUAAAUCAACAGAGCGCAGUUGUGAGACUGGUGAGCCCUGCGAUGGCCUUACCACAUGGCGGAGACCCUUCCCCCUCGGAAUCCUCGAAUGCACCCAUUACACGAGUUCCAGGCGGCACAAAAGUGAAUGCUGCGAAACAGGAAAGGCAGGAAAUUGGAGUGCCCGGGACGUGGUAUUUCCACGACCAAUCGAAGAGAUGGGUAUGCGAAAAAGCUGCAGACAGUCAUGGCGUUUGUGCAUCUACGGAUCUGAAGCCCGCUCAGGCGCCAUCGGCGCCGCCACCUGAGACACUCCUCGGAACCGACGGGAAGCGUGCAAUUUUAGGAGAAGGUGAAAAAGAAAAUUGUUCCCCGCAAAACAAAGAGAAGUUGAGCUCUGUUAAGCAACCGCGCAAAAGUACAACCACACCCCCCGUCCGUGUGGCCCUACCUGUGAAACAGAUCAAAAGGACCUCGGUGCACGGGCGGCGGCAGCGAUCUCCGGAGGAACAAGCGCAGUUUCUCUCCUACUUUCUCACGGACAGCAUCGUUGCGGACUUGGAGCUUUUCCGCAAGGCGAGAUUCGGGGAAGACCAGCGCUGGAGCGUGCUGGGCCAGAGCUACGGCGGCUUUCUCGCGACGCACUACCUGUCCCUCCAUCCGUACGCACUGCGGCACAUCUACCUGACCGGGGGGUUGCCGCCGCCGCCGACCUGUCCGGUCGUCGACGUGUACCGUGCGACUUUUCGGCGGCUCGCGGCUAGGAAUCGGGAGUACUACAAGACGUAUCCGGAAGACGUGGAGCGGGUGCGGACGAUCGUCAAGUACCUCGACACCUACGACGUCCGUCUGAAGCUCCAGCCUGGGGGUGCCACCACACUCUCCCCGGGGGGAGGCCAGCAGAGAGGCCGUUUUCGCUCUGAGGAGUCGGAUUUGCAAUCAAACAGGAACUUCGAAGAUCACGACCAGCGCAAGAACGGUUGUACUAGGAACAGCACCGGUCUGCUGAGCGUCGACUUACAGGAGGAGAAUUUUGGUUCUUCUUCGCCUCUCAACAUAAGGAAGAGCAGCAGACAGAGGAGGAAAACGAGCAAGAGCUCGUCGAAGCAGGCGGGCUCAAUCUACUCUCCAUCCGUGGCAGGUGGAGCAGCUUCGGAACAUCAACCAUCGCCGGCAGGUUACAACCUUGAAGCCCGCGACCGGUCGCAAAGCCUCACCUCGAGUCACGUAGCAGGGACAUCUUCAGCAGCAGGAGUAGUUCCGAGGUACGGAAGUCGCCUCACGGGCCGUCGCUUUCUGCAGCUCGGGCUGUGUCUGGGGACGCGUGCCGGGUCUCGUGGGCUGCACACACUGAUCACGGACGCCUUCGCGAAGCCAUUUCGGAGUAUUCAUCUCGGCGAGGAGCAAGAUGGGCAGCACUGCGACAAGAAGAGCUCCUCGGACAAAAAUGUACUGCCAUCGGCGAACGGGGCCGCAACGGGACCGGUUCUGGAGAAGACAUCUCUGCUGCAGCCGAUCGCAGAGGAAAGUUAUGAAAAACAGUCGCCAAGCAGCAUCCAGUCCAGGGGUACGCCGGUUCAGAAAAACAAGCGCUCGUCCUCGCCCCGAAAUCAAUGGGAGCGAGAUGUUGAUACUUCUUUGCAGCUUUCUGCAAGAAAGCGGAUAAAAACAAACGACGGACGCAUGCUAGCAAGCCCUGCUGUUGUCGUGUCGAACAAGUCUGAUGGUGCCGAAGGCGAUGCGAAUGUCAAAAACUCGGCUUCCCCUCCUCGUCUAGUAGACAAGAUAAAGGCACCAGAAGCCACCGGGACACUGACAAAGAAUUUUCUAACCUCUCUCCGCGAAGCCGGCGAAGACAUGUCGUUUCUUUCGACAGCAGAAAGCAAAAAUGGCAAGCACAUCAAAUGCGAGCAGCGCAUCAUUUCACAGGGAGAAACAGGCAGUUCCGUGGACGAGGAACCACCGGAGCUGGAAGAUGAAGAGGCUGCUCGAGGAGCAGACGACCCCUCAUCUGGCAAACAUCGCAGACCCUCCGAGCAUCCGCUUUUCGAAUCCGCUCAGCUCAGCGACGCUUUCCUCAACGCGUUGUCGAGUGCGCAGCCAUUCGAGGCACAGCCGUUGUACGCACUGCUGCAGGAGGCGAUCUACAUGACAGGGCAGAACGGCGGGGGAAAACCCAAUAUUAAGGCAGUUUCAUCGAAUAUGGAAGCGUCAGGUUUGAAAUCAUCAAAGUUGAAAUAAUUUGCAAUGCAUAAAAUGCAUGACCCGAGGCGCGUGCGUUGCAGAGCAGGCAAGUGAGGCCGAUUGUAAGCCUGUUUGGGGUUGCAGCUCGAGCUGCUAAAGUAGCGUGAGAAAAUCAAUCUUCUUUCCCUGAACAGCAUGACAAACUGGGUUUAGGGACCACCGAAAUUUGUCAUGCGCCACUUGAAGACUGGGUUCCAACUGGCAUCCAUUUUAUGCAUGACAAAUCAUUUCAACUUUGACGAUUUCAAUCCUGACACUCCCAUAUCGAAUGAAAGCAGUUCCUGGGCAGCACUCCGGUGUCUGUCCGAAGACGAAUUCGCAACAGACUUCUGGUACCACAAAGGUCUUGUGGAGCACGAGAAGCAGCGCGACGAGGAGAAGCGGCAGCUUGCGGACGCACGAAAUAAAGCAAUGAACAAGAUGACUGUGGCAAGCGUAGUGCCACCAUUCUCGCCUUUGGAAGAGAACAAAGACCACCCCAACACCGGUUUCGGCGAUUCUAUGUGGGAUGACGAUACAGCAUGCGAGGCCGACUUCGAUUUUCGCAGGCAGCUGUUUCAUCAAUCAGGGGAAGCCGCACAGCAGGCGACAGCGAAGAAGAAUGUGAAUGGCGCGACGAAAAGAAUAGUAAACGGCGACACAGCUGAAGCUGAUGAAGAAGGAACAACAACAUCUCAAGACGAUCUCAGACCUCUCUUUUUUUCCGGAGAAAUGGUUUUCCCCUGGGUUUUCGGCGAAGAGUGUAGUAGUUUAGCAGCGUUACGCGAUUGCGCGGAGGCACUGCAUUCGAAAAGCUGGGGAAGCGAAAGUGGUUAUGGGUUGUACAACUUUGGUCACAUCAGCAAAACUGAAACGACGAAGCACGGCAGCAAGCAGUCCAGCGGCGGCAAUACGCAGACAAGCACGAAGAUGGAAAGGUUUGCCUCUAGCGAGCAGCUCAGAAAGGAUCAGCCAAAAAUAGCAGCUAUCGUUUACCACAACGACAUGUAUGUCGAGCGUGCACUGUCGGAGAGGACGGCCAGCAGCAUUCCGGGCAUCCGUUUGUGGAUCUCGAAUGAGUACCAGCACUCCGGUUUGCUGGAUGACGGCUACACGAUCAUGAGUAGACUCAUGCAGAUGUGCGCUGACUGAGAAAAUCGCCCGUAAGAUUUUUCAAAAAAAGAAGAAACAAGUCAGCACGAGCGACGUGGUGAUCGACGCUUCAGCUCGCACUCCGAUACGCAAUGUCAUCUCUUUGAAAUACACGGAAACAUGAUAAGAUGCGUUAUUCGUUGCUUGUGGAGACGAUGAUGACCGCGAAGAUGAUGUGCACCUCGUGUGAGGAUGAUGUGGAAGCUAUUCUGUACAGAGUGCUUGAGGUGACUUUCGUUCG